AGGCGCGCGUCGUGUCCAAUGUCCCUCCUCGAGGCGGUUGAGUUGGGCGCCAGACCUCCGAGCAGUCGGCCAGAUACGUGAGCAUAGUGAAACCGGACUUAACCCUCCCCUGAUCGAGACGAUGGCACUUUUUCGUUUUUCCGCCAAACGAUGCCUCGAGGCGCAGAAAAUAGGAUCGACCGCAACCAAUGUUUUGAGACCACUGUCCGAUGCAUCGACGGACCUCAAGAAGGUCUUAUCUGAGAAAAUACCCAAGGAACAAGAACGCGUCAAGGCUUUCCGUAAAAGUCAUGGCUCUGUCAAAGUUGGGGAAGUCACCGUGGAUAUGAUGUACGGGGGAAUGCGGGGAAUCAAAGGUUUGGUCUGGGAGCCUUCGGUGCUGGAUGCUGACGAGGGAAUCAGAUUCCGUGGUAAAUCUAUUCCCGAAUGUCAGAAGGUCCUCCCAAAAGCUGCCGGAGGUGCUGAACCGCUACCUGAGGGUCUGUUCUGGCUCCUAAUCACCGGUGACGUUCCAACCGAUGCUCAAGUUAAGGCUGUGUCCCAGGAAUGGGCAGCGAGGAGCGCCAUUCCAAGCCAUGUCACCAAAAUGCUCAACGAUUUCCCAAAAUCGUUGCACCCGAUGACCCAGUUUUCCGCAGCUAUUACUGCAUUGAACAGCGAGAGCGUAUUUGUCAAAGCUUAUUCUAGCGGGGUACAUAAGUCAAAGUACUGGGAUGCCGUUUACGAAGAUACUAUGAACCUUAUUGCCAAGUUACCUGUUGUCGCAGCUACUAUAUACAGAAAUACUUAUCAAAAUGGCAAGGGGCUUGGCUCAGUUGACGCAAACAAGGAUUGGUCGUGGAACUUUUCAAGCAUGCUUGGAUAUGACAACCCCCAGUUUGUAGAGCUCAUGCGUCUCUACCUUACCAUCCAUUCCGACCACGAGGGAGGCAACGUAUCUGCCCACACCACCCAUUUGGUUGGAUCGGCUUUAUCAGAUCCAUACUUGUCAUUCGCCGCAGGAAUGAACGGCUUGGCCGGUCCUCUGCAUGGUCUUGCAAACCAGGAAGUAUUAGUUUGGUUACAAAAACUUCGCUCUCAGGUCGGCGAUAGUCCGAGCGAUGAAAAACUAAAGGACUUCAUAUGGAAUACGUUGAAGAGUGGACAAGUUGUUCCUGGUUAUGGACAUGCUGUUCUUAGAAAGACUGAUCCGCGGUACACAUGUCAAAGAGAAUUCGCCUUGAAACACUUACCUGAUGACAGUCUGUUCAAGCUGGUGUCUCAAGUGUACAAGGUGGUUCCCCCCAUUCUAUUGGAGACUGGCAAGGUGAAGAACCCGUGGCCGAAUGUAGAUGCCCACUCCGGAGUCCUUCUUCAGUACUACGGGCUUAAGGAAAUGAAUUAUUAUACAGUUCUGUUUGGUGUAUCCAGAGCACUGGGAGUUCUCGCAGCGCUGGUGUGGGAUAGGGCUCUUGGUUUGCCAAUUGAGAGACCGAAAUCUCUCAGUACCGAUCUUUUGAUGAAGUCGGUGAAAGCUGCUUAAAAGAUCUACGAAUCCCACAUGUGAAGUUCAAUAUCCUUACGCUACAUAGGAUUCAACAUCACAUGCUCAUUACCAAGUUUUAUUAUAGACCAACUUUACGACGCUUGGUUUAUUUUUUAUGUAUCUGAUGUGAACCGAAAAACUACCACGGAUAUCUAAUGAGCUCGGUUUUAACGUAUUUUGAUACUGAUAUGAGCAUGAAAAUUCGAACGCAUUGCCAAACUCUAGCAAAGAUCAGUUUAAACAUAAAUAUUGACAAAUAAUUAUGUUAUCAUAGCAAUCAUAUGUUAUUAGUUAUUACCAAUUAGGGAAACGUUGAUAAUAAUAUCGAUAAUAAUAAUAAUAAUAAUAGUUCAUUGGAGAAAAUUGUAGUAGUAGGUAUUAGUUAUUGAAAAUAGCGGAAUAUAUUGUAGAAGUAGAAUGUCACGCGUGUUGACAUAAAAUCUAUGCCAUUCGAUUUUUAUCUCGAAAUAUCGGAGAAAAGAGAAUUUCUUGAAUUCUUAUCAAUCAUUUUCAAACAUAAAUCGGAUGUAUUAUGUAUUUAUAUUCGUCCAAGUACUUCAGACAAUGUGUUCAUGGCAUCAGUUACGUGCAUAUUAUAUGUAUGUUCGUUAUUUUAACAAUAAGCCUAAAUAUAAUAUUUAUGGGCUGGUCUUAAGCAAGAGUCGAAUUUUAUGAGUUAUUAAAUCGAAGAAUCAGUAUCUAUGUAAUGAGACAAUUUGCAAUGGUGAAAUAUUAUUCUCUGGCUCGUGGCAUAGCAUUUGAGACGUAGCAGUAGGUAUUACAGUAAGAUGCAACAAUGUGUAAAUUAAGGAUGCGUCGAGUGGUAGAUCCACUGUCGUAUGAGUGAAUGUGUGCGUGCGAUACAUUAUUUAUAGUAAAAGGAAAGAAAUAAAAAAAUAAAUAGAACUUUUGAAACCUUA